UUUCAAACAGGCACGCGUUAAGACCACCCCUUUCUGGGGUCCUCAAUCUGGACAUUAGCGCGGUGCAUCUUGGGUCCUUCCUUUCCAGCCCAGACUCGUCGUCUUAAAACAUGGGAAAGUGUCGCGGUCUGCGUACAGCCAGGAAGCUCCGCAACCACAGGCGUGAGCAGAAAUGGCACGAUAAGCAGUACAAGAAGGCUCAUCUGGGUACUGCCCUCAAGGCUAACCCCUUCGGAGGAGCCUCUCAUGCAAAGGGCAUUGUCCUUGAGAAAGUGGGUGUGGAGGCCAAGCAGCCUAACUCUGCCAUCAGGAAGUGUGUGAGGGUUCAGCUCAUCAAGAACGGCAAGAAGAUCACCGCCUUCGUCCCAAAUGACGGCUGCCUCAAUUUUAUUGAGGAAAACGAUGAGGUCUUGGUGGCCGGCUUCGGUCGUAAAGGUCACGCCGUGGGUGACAUUCCCGGAGUCCGCUUCAAGGUUGUCAAAGUAGCCAAUGUCUCCCUGCUUGCUCUCUACAAAGGCAAGAAGGAGAGACCCAGGUCAUAAACCAUCAGACACGAAAAACGAUAGUCAAAAUAAUAAAACGUUACUUUUUGAUUGCCA